ACUAGGUCCGUUGUUGCCUACCGCCUGAGAUCUUCAAGCUACGUGCCCGCGAGUUCCCAUUUGGACUUUUGCAAUCAGAGAUUACAGCAAUGGCCUCAAAAUGGAGGGCUACUUCAUCUUGGUAUUGUCACCCAGUAUAUGCAAGAUACUGGCAGCAUUAUCAUCAUGCAAUGCUUUGGAUGCAAAGCCACCAGAAUGUCUACAGAAAGUUGAGGGAUUCCUAUUUCACUUCUCCAUGGUUCUUCCCUCAUGAAGUUCUUCCCUGGAACUCUCUUGCUUAUGAGGCUUGGCACAUGGCACGGCAGGAGUCUCCCUACACUGUUUCCCAUCUCAAAAGCCCUGGGCAGCCUCUGCAUAACAGCAAUAGAACCCAGACAUCCACAAGAGAAAAUGAAGCACUGUAUGAAGAGGAAGAGCUGGAGUCAGAUUCAGAUGAUGAAGUGGAGUGCGACCUGAGCAAUAUGGAAAUCACUGAGGAGCUCCGCCAGUACUUUGCACAGACUGAGAAGCACAGAGAAGAGAGACGGCGACAGCAGCAGCUGGAUGCGGAGCGCCUGAAUGACUAUGUGAACGCGGACCAUGGCCUGUACUUCAGCCACCACAGGUCAGUGGAGCCCCCAUCUGAGAAGCCCUGGGAGCGGCGCCAAGCAGAGAUGAAGCGCUUGUAUGGGAACAGUGCUCCCAAGAUCCUGGGCAUGGAGGCUGCUAUGCAGCUGAGCUUUGAUAAGCACUGUGACAGAAAGCAGCCAAAGUACUGGCCUGUCAUUCCCCUAAAGUUCUGA